CAUAGAUGUGUUGGACAUACAAUUUUCAGACAUUUUUCAUUAAGCUUCGGCACUUUUAGUAUUUAAAGUCUAGUCUAAUACACCAAUAUUUCAGAUUUUAAAUUGCAUAACGUACAAAUUGCGGCUCAUAUUCCAAUCAGUUCCAAUUAGAAUCCAGUCUAGUCUUAUCGCAACAAACCAUCGCCCCUUAAUUACAUUCGAGCAAUAAACAUCAACAUUUUCAGUCAACGUAAUCUAAAGUGCAAGCAAUUAUAUAGAGUCCAAAAAAGAGCUAACAAAAUAAAAGUGCUGAAUUCAAGUGAUAACAGGAUCUUGGUGCUACGGUGUCAAGGCGCAGUCAGCAAUCUAAAUAUAUAUACACAUAUACAUCGAAAUGAAGGCCGAUCAACUAAAUCGCUUUGUGCGCACCAAUGGACGCCAGAAUCUUUGGCUGCUGCGCAACACAAACACAAUUUACGAGCAGGCAGUAAAGUCUUACUAUCAACGCAGCAACUCGUUGUUGCCCUACAAUCCGACUUCGCAGGAGCACAAGAAGCGUGAGGAGAAUCGCGCGCCCGUGCGCACCUUGACAUCACAACACGAUCGCAGCUCAUUGCCAGAGUAUCCACGGAAUCACAAGCAGAUGACGGAACAAACGACGGCGGCUAACUCCGGCAAUCUGCUGAGCACAGUGAUGCAGGCAAAUCGUCGACGCUCCAUGUCCUUCACCGGCAGCAGCCUGCGUGAUUACAUCUAUCCCAAUAGCAGGCACAAAGAGAACAUUAGCGACAACAGCAACAACGACAAACUGAAGAAUGGUCAACAACGCGGCACAAGUUUGACACGAACGAACACGAAAACGACAACGGGAACGGGAACGGCAACGGGAACGGCGACAUCGGGCAGCGGCCUCGAUGUGGUUGAGCAACUGGAUUUGGGCAUCCUAAGUGGCCGUUCAAUCAGUUUGCCGCCGCGCUCUUCGCUCGACUUGGGCAACGUUGAUUUGGCGGUGCGCAAGGCGAAGAAGCCGCCCUGCCACAAGCAUCACAUCGAUGCCAUCGAAAAGUCCACCACAGCGGCGGUGGCAGCGCUGGCGCGGCACAGGCAACGCAAGACAACAAGCAUCGACAAGCUGGACAGCGAGCAGCUGAUGACCAUCGAUGAGACACUGAAGCAACGUCUCGCCGUGCGCUUUGAUCGUGAACGUGAACGCGAGAAGCGUCCGGCGGAGCCCAAUGUUGUUGCUGCCCGCAUGUUGUCGGCACGUCCGCCGGCCAAACCAGCUGCAACCUCAACGACAACAACUGCCAACAAGGAGCAGACACGCUUCCAAACCCUCGGCGAACGUAUUCAGCAAUUCGAGUGCAUGCAAUUUGCCAAUGGACCGGCGGCAUUUCAGGCCUUCAGUCGCCGCCAGGGCCAUGGCAAUGGACGCGUCUCGCUGAUGGGCAACAAGCACAUACCGAAGCAGCAGCCAUGCCUGAGUUUUCGCAAUGUGUUGCACACGAAUCACAGGCAGCGUUGCCUGCUCAGUUCCCAGACGCAGACGCGUUCGCAGUCGGUGAGCUCGUCGCUGCCAUUGGCGCCGGCCAAGGCCAAGUCGCGUACGAAAACGCUGAAGCGGUCCCCAGAGCCGACGCUAAUGACCAGCUGGCGACCGCAACAGCAGCAGCAGCAGCAGCAGUUGCAGCCAAGUCCAGCGGCGCCGUCAUCGAUCACACGCUUCAAUCAGGCUAAACUCAAGCGCAGCAAGUCGAGGCGUUACAUCAAGACAGCUGUCAGCAGCAGCAGCGGCAGCAGCAACAGCAGCAGCAGUCAGAGCAGCAACGGCUUCCUUAUCCUAGAUGGUCCACGACACUCCAAGCCGAGCAAGAUGAAGGUCAGGGCCAAGGAACACGCGACUGUUGGUGCCAGCAAUCAUCUUAGUCGCAGCAGCCACAUGCCCUACAUCAAGCACUGCGGCAACAAGUUGACGGAUUCCCCGUCCCCGUCAAAUGCUCCAAAUGGUGGCAAACGUCUCGCCGAGCAGCUGAGGCAGCCUGAGGGUGAACGCAAGGUGUUGCCGCAGCGCAAGAUGAUGGAGGAGCUGCCCAAACAACCGCUGAUGGCCAAGGGGGCGCAUCAUCUGUUGGCGGCCAGUGCAUCGCAGGUCUCGGCCUAUCGGCGUGCGUUCAAGAAUCGCCAGCAAAUCCUGCAGGCGGAACUCUUUCACGUCUAUGCACAUGAUCAGCCGCAACCACUGUUGUCAAGCAAAACGACGAUUAAACCGAAGUCACCGCUGCCAAGACAAGCCAAAUCCGCCCCCCAAACACAAGCCUCAUCUACAAUUCCAAUCACAACAACACCGACAGUCCCAUCUCCAUCUCCAUCCACGAUCUCAACUCCUUCACCAAUUCCAAGCACAUCCCAAUCAAAGCCAAAGAAGGAGGAAGCCAAGGUGACGCCGCCCAAGCCGCUGGUCCAGCACAGUCCGACACCUCCCGAGUCAGUGACAAUGACAGUGAAAAAGACCAAGGUGGCCAAGAAUGCGAGUGCUCCGCACGCGUCGAGCAGCCUGACGACUUUGCCAGAGUUGGCAACCGAGACGAGCUUCAUGGUCAUCGAUGCAAAGCCCAAAUGGUCGCCGGUGCUGCAGCAACAGCAGCUGCAUCAGCAGCUCCGACAGCGUCGCCAGCAGCCCUACGAUAGCCUCUGGCGUUACAAUUAUUGAAUGCCAAGUGAAACAAUGGAAGUGGAACGAAAAUCAGCGAAAUGAAAUGAGAUGGAAUGAGCCACAAAUUAGUAAGCUAAGAGUAAAUGGAAUGAAACGAAAAGGAAUGAAUUGGAAUGGAAUGAAACGAAAUGGAAUGAAACGAAAUGUAUUGAAACGAAGCGGAAUGAAACGUAAUAGAAUGAAACGAAAUGGAAUGAAUCGAAAUUGAAUGAAACGGAAUGGAAUGAAACAAAAUGGAAUGCAACGAAUUGGAAUAAAACAAAAUUAAAUAGAAUGAAACAAAAUGGAAUGCAACGAAUUGGAAUAAAACAAAAUUUAAUGAAGCGAAAUGGAAUGAAACAAAAUUAAAUAAAAUGA